AUGGGCGAUGUAGUUGCAUCUCCCAGCGCUCUAAAUAACACAAAAACAACUGCCCCCAGAGACCAUACAGGGUUGGCACUCUCAGGGAACCUCCCAGGUGCGGCAGGGAACCUCCUAGAAGUGGCCGGGGCCCUUGGGACGCACCCAGGGGCAGCAGAGGCCCCAGGGACCCACCAAGAGGCAGCUGGUGACCUGGGUCUCAACCAGAGACCAUACAGGGCUGGCGCUCUCGGGGAACCUCCAAGGUGCGGCAGGGAACAUCCAAGUAGUGGCUGGGGCCAUUGGGACCCACCCAAGGGCAGCAGAGGCCCCAUGGACCCAUCUCAGAGGCAGCUGGUGACCUGGUUCUCACCCAGAGACCAUACAGGGCUGACGCUCUUAGGGAACCACCCACGUGCGACAGGGAACCUCCUAGAAGUGGCCGGAGCCACUUGGGACCCGCCUAGGGGCAGUAGAGGCCCGAGGGACCCACCCAGAGGCAGCCAGGGACCUUGGUCUUAUCCAGAUAAGGUGGUGCCCCCUGGGACCCUCCAAGUGCGUCGUAUGCGAUGUACUGGAAGUGCAUUGAUGGGUGAUAUUUGCAUCUCCCAACGCUCUAAGCGAAAACAGCACUUUAGAGACCAUACAGGGCUGGCGGCUCUUAGGAACCACCCGUGCGACGAGCAGCCUCCUGGAGUGGCCCGACCGCGGGACUGCCUGAGAGCGGCGAGGGCGCAGGACCCACACCCAGAGGCAGCCAGGGACCUUGGUCUUAUCCAGAUAAGGUGGUGCCCCCUGGGACCCUCCAGGUGCGUCGGUGACCCUUCCAAAGGUGGCUGGGACUCAUUGGACCCUCCCAUGGACGGCGGCCCCCACUGGAAUCUUCGCAUGGAUUGCGGGGGCCCCAGGAAACCUCAUAGGGGCGGCAGGGCCCUUGCAACACUUCCGAGAAGCGACGAUUGUACUAAGGACCCUCCCAGGGGCGAUGGAGUCCUGCAGUACCUUUCCAGAGACCAUACAGGGCUGACGCUCUUAGGGAACCACCCACGUGCGACAGGGAACCUCCUAGAAGUGGCCGGAGCCACUUGGGACCCGCCUAGGGGCAGUAGAGGCCCGAGGGACCCACCCAGAGGCAGCCAGGGACCUUGGUCUUAUCCAGAUAAGGUGGUGCCCCCUGGGACCCUCCAAAGACCAUACAGGGCUGGCGCUCUCGGGGAACCUCCAAGGUGUGGCAGGGAACAUCCAAGUAGUGGCUGGGGCCAUUGGGACCCACCCAAGGGCAGCAGAGGCCCCAUGGACCCAUCCCAGAGGCAGCUGGUGACCUGGUUCUCACCCAGAGACCAUACAGGGCUGGCGCUCUCAGGGAACCUCCAAGGUGCGGCAGGGAACAUCCAAGUAGUGGUUGGGGCCAUUGGGACCCACCCAGAGGCAGCAGAGGCCCCAUGGACCCAAUCCCAGAGGCAGCUGGUGACCUGGUUCUCACCCAGAGACCAUAUAGGGCUGACGCUCUUAGGGAACCACCCACGUGCGACCGGGAACGUCCUAGGAGUGGCCAGGGCCACUUGGGACCCACCCAGGGGCAGCAGAGGCCCCAUGGACCCACCCAGAGGCAGCCAGGGACGUUGGUCCUAUCCAGAUAAGGUGAUGCCCCCUGGGACCCUCCAGUGGCAGGGAACAUCCAAGGAGGGCUGGGGGCCAUUGGACCCCACCCAAGGGCAGCAGAGGCCCCAUGGACCCAUCCCAGAGGCAGCUGGUGACCUGGUUCUCACCAGGCAAGGUGGUGCCUCUGCGACCCUCCCCAGGUGCAUCGGGACCCUUCCACAAGGCCAAUUCAUUGGACCCUCCAGGAUGCAGCGCCCCGAAUCAUCACAUGGGAUUGCAUUGGUGAAACCCCUGAGAAGUGUGGCAGGCUCCCUGCUACCUCCCCAGAAGUGCGAGGGUACCAUGACCCCUCCCGGUAAUGUGGAGGCCCACAGUACCUUUCCAGGUGUGACCGCGCCCCUAGGGACCCUCCCAGGGUGCGUCGGUGACCCUUCCAAAGGUGGCUGGGACUCAUUGGACCCUCCCAUGGACGGCGGCCCCCACUGGAAUCAUCGCAUGGAUUGCAGGGGCCCCAGGAAACCUCAUAGGGGCGGCAGGGCCCUUGCAACACCUCCGAGAAGCGACGAUUGUACUAAGGACCCUCCCAGGGGCGGUGGAGGCCCGCAGUACCUUUCCAGGUGUGACAGCGCCCCUAGGGACCCUCCUUGGAGACCAUACAGGGCUGGCGCUCUCAGGGAACCUCCAAGGUGCGGCAGGGAAUAUCCAAAUAGUGGCUGGGGCCAUUGGGACCCACCCAGGGGCAGCAGAGGCCCCAUGGACCCAUCCCAGAGGCAGCUGGUGACCUGGUUCUCACCCAG